AUGCAGACGGCUGUGCUGAAUCCGUCAUGCUGCUGCGGGGUGCAGCAACGGUUCUCUGGCCCGGCAGAAGUAUCCUCCUCCUUUCCAUGCACGGCCCAGUUCCACAACAGGCUAAAGGUUUGACUCUCUGUCUCACCCCAUCUGAGCGAGUAACUUGGAUUUCGUUUUUCUUAGAGAGAGGUGAUGGUAGGAGGGGGGGGGGAGGAUUUGGGGUGAACCUAUCUUCUUAUAUGUACUAAGAACUGAUUACAAAUCAGGAUUCUUGUUAUCCGAGGACGAGGAUAUCCGUGGGCAAUAGCAGAGUCUCUCCCCGGAUGGGUUUCACCUCUUCUUCAAUUCACCGCUUUUCCCCCGUAAUCCCAUCGUCUGGUACGCUUCUCCCUGAUUCGUUUUUUUAUGAAUUUUUAAAAGAAUUCGGAUUAUAAAUUUGAGCUGUCGGACGAUAGUACACAAAAGAAGCAUAUUUACAUCAUGGGGUGCAAUGGACUUUAAAGGUUAGAAUUGGAAAUCUUUGAACAAGCUUGUAACCAGACAGAAAAAGGUCCUAAUAAACCAGAAAUUGAUUAUUAUUUGCUUAAUCUUUCACUUCGAAAGCUAUUGAAUUUUCUUGUCAAUUGACCAUCACGGAAGAUAUGUUAACAUUUACCUUGAAGAGAUAUAUAAUCACCACUUUCAUGACACUUAAAGAACAAUUACAAGAGCAAAAAAGCAUGUGGCUGAGGACGCGUAAUUAUGAAAAUUUCUGUUUUCAAAACAUAGAUAUAACGAAUGAUUAAAUACAAAGGCAGGAUUAGAUCUGUAAACCCGACCACAAUUAGUUAUAAAUAAUAUCUGAGAUGAAAAUAUCUGUUUUUCAGAAGUAAGCAUGUUCGUUGACAGUACCGUGUGCAUUGGCUUUCUUGUUGGAUCUUGCCUGUCUUCUUGUCACAUGUAAAUAAAGGGAUGAAGAAAACUAGACAAGAAGCUAGAGCUUCCCUCUAAGGUUUAUACAAGUGACAUUGUGCGCCCAAGUCUUGUUUAUGAACUCAAACAUCGAAGAGGAAGAUUUGUAACUCUGGUAAAAAAUGCAGGUUUGGAAGAAAAUAUUCAAAUAAAUGUGUUGUACUUGGUUGGCUUCUUCUGUCCUUACUUACCUUACUAAAAUAUUGCAAUCCAGAUUCCAUGUCCUACUGUUGUGUUUUACUGUUUUAUCCCUAUGUACAUCCCCGUACCAUCACAAUAAUUUUUUCAUCAUUACUUUAGUCUGUAGAAAAGAAUAUGUGGUCUUUGAUCACAGCAGAAAAGAAUUUGUUUCCUUACUGCAGGAUGUAGAGUAUUGCGAAAUAAGAAUCCAGUCUGUAAAUCUUUCUUAUAAUGUGCCAAAUGCCGAAGUCAUCCCAUCCUGAGGAGAUGCCUAGGACUAAAUUAGCUUGAAAUUACUAUCACAUCCGUAUGCGAUUCCGGGAUAAAUUGUACUUCAUCUACAGGCGGCUGUUGGAUUCCUGUAGCCCAGAACAAAAUGCUCAUGCCUAAACAAGGGUAGAUAUCAAAAUGUUUAAUAUUUGUUUCCAGUCCUUUACACAACCCUCAUUUUGGGCCUCACUAACAGUUAUCGCUAGAAAAAGAAGGUAAAUGACUCAUAAUUGUCUUUCCUGCAGUUGUUAAGGCUGUUACAACUCCGAAUCCCAUUGUAGAAUUGCCAUUAACUGAAGAGAAUGUUGAGAGUGUGCUGGAUGAGGUUCGACCAUAUCUUAUAGCGGACGGUGGGAAUGUGGUACUUCACGAGAUUGAUGGGAAUGUUGUGAGAUUGAAGCUGCAAGGAGCAUGUGGGUCUUGUCCGAGCUCAGUGAUGACUAUGAAGAUGGGAAUUGAGCGUCGUCUAAUGGAAAAAAUCCCAGAAAUAGUUGCAGUUGAACCUGUCACAGAUGAGGAGACAGGACUCGAGUUGAAUGAAGAAAAUAUAGAGAAGGUUGUUUUUUUCCCAUUUCUUGCUCUAUCAUACUCCUUUCUUGAAAUUCAAUUACAGUUUUUUUUUUCCUAUGACUUUGCUCAUUAUUGCUUCGCUUCAGCUUGUCCUAUGGUUUCUUCAAUAAAUGUUGUGAUUGUACUUUUUAGGGUUAUAAUGGAAACAAUAAAUGCCGUGUUCAUGCUUUCCAUAGAGACUUGUUUGGAAAUGUUUUGACCGAUACGGUACAUGCCAAUGUGUUAACGGUGGUUGCUGGUUAUCUUCAUCCUUUGUAUUGGGAAUGGCUGUGAUCUCUACAAUUUGAUGGAACUAGUUUUUUCAUGCAGUGAGCAACUUGAUCACCCUUUUUUGUCGCAUUUUUGGUACAUUAAUGUGCAUCAUACAGCCGUUAGCAUAUUGAAGAUUGUGGGAAAAAAGAUUUGCAGUCUAACAAUUUAAAUUGUGUUGGGUAUUAGAUAGAAGUCAAAUCCAUUUACGUAGUGAUCUUAUAAUUCUGUCCUGAACCCUAAAACCAAUGAGGACAACAAAUAUAUUUUGCUAUCCGCGUGGUGUAUGUGUUCAGAAUUUUCUGGUUUGCUGGGACCUCCCUUCUUAGGACUAGCUGUUAGUCAUGGUAGCGUUGCAUGGCCGAUGUGCCUCUAUCAAACCCAAUGACCCAAGAUUGCAUAUAACAGUUCCCUCGUGAUUCGAUUUUUCUGUUACUUUUGGUUAAACGAGUUCUUACACCCCAUGCCAUUUAUGAACCUUGGAAAGGAACCCCAUGCCAUUUACUUUAGUAACCUACAUUUCUUGGCGAUGAGAACAGAACCGGACAUAUUUAGCUGCCCUUUUUUAGUGACUUUACUGAUUAUUGUAUUUUUCUUCUAAAUUUUUUUCUCUCUACAUUUUGCUGGAUCUUGUACCAUUUGCUUGACCGUAUCAAUCUGUCUGGCAAACUCUUUGUCCACGAGUAAAAGAACAUGGAGCUACUGCACCACUUUUCUGACUCUAUUUUCUAGUUUUUCCUCUGAAUAAACUAGGCAAUUUAUUAUUUAUACCAAUCAGCCUGCGUAGAACAGGGUUGGCUCUGUUUGAGAUCGGCUUCCUGGUGGCCAGAAGUAAUCCGGUGCCCUCUCAACCUUAUUAUAGCUCGUGAAAACCUAAUUCUUGGAAUUGCCUCCCCGAUCACUCAGGUUCUGGACGAGCUACGGCCGUACCUCGUUGGCACCGGCGGCGGCGAGCUUGAACUCAUAUGCAUCGAGGAGCCAAUCGUAAAAGUCCGACUGUCGGGGCCAGCGGCAGGGGUCAUGACCGUUCGGGUGGCGCUGACCCAGAAGCUUAGAGAGAAGAUCCCGAAAAUUGCCGCCGUUCAGCUUCUGUAA